AUUCACAUUUGUGUCAAGCAUGCAUUCGCCACUUUGAAAGGACACUUCCAAUCACUCAAAGAACUUCGUCACCCGAUGCAGAAUCAAAAGGACCUUCAAAUCAAUCUUCACUGGGUCAGGUGUUGCCUGAUACUUUACAAUAUGAUCAUCCACUUUGAGGCACAGCACAGACACUCGACAAUCAGCUGGGCUAUCAAAGAGGGGCGGCAUACUCUGUGCUGUGAGUUUGAAGAAGGGGACAGUGACAAAGUGAUAGGUGAUAGAUCAUAUGAGGGUACCCCAGGUCAAGCAUGUAGGGCACGGCUCAUGGAUCAAUUGCUCGACAGCCCUUAUUCAGAUGCUCAACAUCGUGAAGGGUGA